AUGUAUCUCCAAGUUGCCGCCGAUCAAUCACAAGUCUCAGCCACACGAAUCACAACUUUCCCCACGAUCGGUGGAUGGGUGACCGCCGUCAUUGGUGCUCUCAUCGCUCGAAUAUACAGAGUCUUGAAGCCCAUCAUCAUUUUCGGAAUGUUCAUCGAAACACUCGCUACCGGCCUCAUGCUCCGAUACAGGACUAGUCAUAAUUCCCAAGCUGAACUUGCCAUUAUUCAAGUUUUGCGAGGUGCUUCCAAUGGUUUUAUUCCUUAUCCUAUCCAAGCUCUCAUUCAGGCUGCUGCUCCCCAUGAGCACCUAGCGCUGGUUACAGCUGGUUGGACUGCCAUCUACUAUGUAGCUUUCGGCGUCGGUGCAGCCAUCAGUGGAGCCAUGUGGACUAAUAUCGUUCCAGACAAACUCACCAAUUACCUUCAAGGCAAUGCGACUCUUGUUGCUGCUGCUUAUGCCGAUCCGUUGACAUACGCUACACAAUGGCCCGUCGGAACAUGGCAGCGAGACGGAGUUGCCAGAGCUCAGGAUGAGGCACAACGAGUGAUGGUUAUCGUCGGUACCGUCAUCUCUUUCAUUGGCCUUCUCACUGCUAUUUUCCUUCUUGAGAACCUUCGACUGCCCGACACCCAAUCCCUUGAAGAAUCCGAAGAGUACAUUACCAAGGCUGAGAAAAAGCAAAAGAAAGCGUUGACCGUUGCGGUCGUUAGAGAUGGGCCUGUUGCAGCCCAAUAA